UCAGACCGGGACUCUCUCGCGCAAGAUGGCGGCCACAGUGCCCGGGGGUCCCGGGACCCAACUCCCGCCGCAUCGUGCGGCCCCUGCCAGGAUCGGAUACUAUGAGAUAGAAAGGACUAUCGGCAAGGGCAACUUCGCGGUGGUGAAACUGGCCACGCACAUUGUGACCCGGGCAAAGGUUGCAAUUAAGAUCAUUGACAAGACUAAGCUGGAUGAGGAGAACCUAAAGAAGAUAUUCCGGGAAGUUCAGAUAAUGAAAAUGCUUUGCCACCCCCACAUCAUCCGUCUGUACCAGGUGAUGGAGACAGAAAGAAUGAUCUAUUUAGUGACAGAGUACGCCAGCGGAGGGGAAAUAUUUGAUCACCUGGUGGCUCACGGACGCAUGGCAGAGAAGGAAGCCCGUAAGAAGUUUAAACAGAUUGUAGCCGCUGUCCAUUUCUGCCACUGUAGGAACAUCGUUCAUAGAGAUCUGAAGGCUGAGAACCUGCUGCUGGAUGCAAACCUCAACAUCAAGAUUGCAGAUUUUGGGUUCAGUAACCGUUUCACUCCUGGGCAGCUAUUAAAGACUUGGUGUGGGAGUCCUCCAUAUGCCGCCCCUGAGUUGUUUGAAGGGAAGGAGUAUGAUGGACCCAAAGUUGACAUAUGGAGUCUUGGAGUCGUUCUAUAUGUCCUGGUCUGCGGUGCUCUUCCUUUUGAUGGAAGCACUUUACAGAACCUGCGGGCCCGGGUCCUGAGUGGAAAGUUUCGUAUCCCUUUCUUCAUGUCCACAGAAUGUGAGCACCUGAUCCGACACAUGCUGGUUUUAGAACCUAGCAAACGUCUUUCAAUGGAGCAGAUCUGCAAACACAAGUGGAUGUGUACGGGUGAACAGGAUCUUGAAUUUGAAAGGUUAAUUGCGGAGUGCCAGCAUGUAAAACUUGAAAGACAAAGAGAACCCUUGAAUGAGCAAGUCCUGCUUACAAUGGCAGAUAUGGGUUUGGACAAAGAACGUACUCUGCAGUCGCUAAGGACAGAUGCGUACGAUCACUACAGUGCUAUCUACAGUUUACUUUGCGACCGUUUGAAACGCCAUAAGACACUUCGCCUCCCAACACCGCCUAGUGUCCCUCGCCAAGUGGCCUACCCAGUUCCUCCCAUCCAGGCGGAUGGCACUGGCAGUGCAGUCGGCAUGAAUGUUCCCCAGGUUCAGCUCAUCAACCCUGAGAACCAGAUUGUUGAGACGAACGGUACAAUGAAUCUUGACAGUGAUGAAGGCGAAGAACCGUCACCGGAGGCUUUGGCCCGGUAUCUCUCCAUGAGGAGGCACACAGUGGGAGUUCCAGACACACAUACUGAGGGUGGGACGGAAGAUUUACAGAAGAUGAUUCCUGGGUUCCCAAGGGUCAUGCCACAGACUCCAUUCCCCCCAGUGGCACAGAAUGCCAAUGUCCUCCACAAUCUAUUGCCCAUGCAGAACAUGCAACCAAGUGGCCACCUGGAGUACAAGGAGCAGUCCCUUUUACAACCCCCUACCCUGCAGCUCUUGAAUGGCAUGGGCCCUCUCGGCCGCCGUGCGUCAGAUGGAGGAGCCAACAUUCAGUUACACGCACAGCAGCUUUUGAAAAGGCCUCGUGGACCAUCUCCUCUGGUUACCAUGACAACUGCUGUACCUGCAGUUACCCCGGUAGACGAGGAGAGUUCAGACGGAGAGCCUGAUCAGGAGGCGGUGCAGCGGUAUCUCACCAACCGCAGCAAGAGGCACACAUUGGCAAUGACAUGUCCUUCUGCAGAAAUUCCUACUGAUCUCCAACGUCAACUGGGGCAGCAGCAAUCAUUUCGAAACAGGGCCUGGCCACCUCACCUAGCGGUUGACCAACACAGUAUCAGAUCCAUGUAUAAAGAUUCAAAUACUCUUCAUCUUCCUGCUGAGAGGUUCUCCCCAGUGCGAAGAUUUUCAGAUGGAGCUGCCACAAUUCAAGCUUUCAAAGCUCAUCUGGAGAAGAUGAGUAACCAGAACAGUAGCAUCAAACAGUUGCAGCAGGAGUGUGAGCAGCUGCAGAAAAUAUAUGGUGUACACAUGGAUGAAAGGACCCUGGAACAUACACAGCAACAACACAUAAUGUACCAGCAGGAGCAUCAGCAGCACUUCCUACAGCAGCAUAUCCAGGACUGUAUCUGUUCCACACAGCCAUCACCCCCUCUACAGACCUCAACCAUGGCACCAGCCUGUGAAAAUCAGCCAGCUCUGCUAACCCACCAGCUCCAAAGGUUGCGAAUUCAGCCUUCCAGCCCUCCCCCUAAUCCGGCCAGCAAUCACCUUUUUAGGCAGCCAAAUAGCAGUCCCCCACCGUCCUCGAGUGCCAUGCUCCAAACCCAUGGGGCCCAAACUUCCAGUCAGUAUCAGACAAUGCCACCUCACAGUGUCCUUUACCAGCCUCCUAGUAGUGGCUCCCCACCCCCAAACAUAACAUUGCCGCGCAUGAGCAUCCAGCAGCAACAGAGUCCGCAGCAGUCUGCACAGCAAGUGACGAUCCAAGUUCAGGAAGCAUCGGAUAUGUCUGGAGCCUCCAGGGGCAUGCCAAUCAGUACUUGUGCCAACCAUAUACAGAUGCAACAACGGGCAACGUUCAUGGCCUCAUUGGGCAGCUACAGCCACCGACCCUUGUCCAAGCAGCUGAGUGCAGACAGUGCUGAAGUUCACAGUGUGAAUGUGGGCCGCUUCUCCCCCUCCACAAACUAUGACCAGACCCACCUGCACCCUCACGUGUUCACAGACCAGCCACGGCCCACCCCUGCAGGGUACACAUCCCCAGGGAGCACAGGGUACAAUACUCCUGGUGGCACGGGGUACCCACAGGCAAUGAAGGUUCCCCAGCUGGAGCAGUAUCCUGGUUUCCCUGCAACCCCCCAACAGAACUACAACCCCUCAGCUCUACAACAGGCCUUGCUCUCCCCAACCCCUGGCACUUACACCAGGCAUCACCAGCAGUUGCCUCACAUGUUGCAGGGUCUCCUCUCCCCUCGCCACUCCCUGACUGGGCACGGAGACGUACGACGACCCCCUGUUGAUUUCAUGCAGCUCUUCAAACAGCACCAGCAACAGCAAGAAGAGCUGAAUGAACUCUUAAACCAGCAGCUGAACCAGGGUGACGCUGGAAACAUUGCCUACCAGAGUUCACCUGAGCCCUGUCACCACCUCCUCCAGAUUCGAGGGCAGGAAUGUAUGCACUCAGCUCCACAGUCAGCUAGAUACCACCCCGCCAUGGUGCAGUCGGAGAGCAUGGAAGAGGAUUGCUCUGGAGAUGGACAUGAGGAGGAUGAGAGCGAGACUAUCAGAACCUUGGGAAAACCGUGUCAGGAGAGUGGCCAAGGAGAAUCAGAAUCUGUACUGACGAUUAGGGAGCAGGACCUAGGGGCACAGCAGUACCACCCACAGACUUCUUACAGCCGGACCAGGUCUACCAGCAGAGAGCCUUCAGUGAACUGCAUGGAUAGGGUCUCUCCCACUCAUGUCAUGGAGGUUCCAGACCACAAUGGAGUCCCCUACCCACCCCGGGAGCAUGCACGUUCCAGGAUGCUUCAGCGGCACCAUACCAUUCAGACUAGCGACGAUGCCUACGUACAGUUGGAUAACUUGGCAGGAAUGAGUCUGGUGGCGGGUAAAGCUCUCAGUUCUGCCCGCAUGUCCGAUGCAGUUGUGAGCCGCUCUUCGUUAAUGGGGAGCCAGCAGCUUCAAGAUGAAGAAAAUGAAGUGUGUAUAAGGAAUCCUGAAGAGACAGACCUGUCUGUAAUGGGUGACAGCGGGCAGCAUCUCCCUGCAUCCUGUUACCCCUCCACCUUGCUUUUGGGAUACAAGCACACAGACCUAAACUUCAGCAUGGAGCAAGCAGGAGUGUGAGCAGAGGAUUUCCGUCAAGACAUAAAGGGUCCCGUUUUCUGAACACCAACAGUAUCUCCAGCUUUAGCACCAAAUUUCAUCUGUAUUCCGUCUGACUGAUCCCGGCGCCGAACUACCCUUAUGACUCCGAGAGUUUCUCCCCCUCUCAUGCUUCUUAUUUUGCUAUUUUGUAAAUUUCCCCAAAUAAGCAUCUGGGUUGUCACAAAACGGGGAGAAGUGAAUGAGGGGAAAUGAUAUCCUGUUCUGUGUCUGGGAGACAUGGGUCAGACACUGAUGUCCUAUUCAUGCAGCCAGAAAAGGAAGCAGAAGGGGGUGGGUGUGCAGGAGAGCAGAGAGUAAUCUGCCAGGGAAAUAUUUGGGGACUUUCCUGAAUAUUGAAAUAUCAGCAAAAUAAUCCCAUUGAGGAAUGGGAGGAGGACUGCUAACAGGGGCUGUUGCUCCGCUUAAAGUUGUACCAUGAGAGAGGAUGGUACUUUUGUAGGGUUUUUUUUUUUUCAGGAGAGACUGGCACCUUCAGGGGAUGGAGCAGAGUACCUGCAAGAAGUUUUCUUGUCCUAGGAUGGGCUGGCAGGAGUUGUUGGCUCCCAUGAGUCGAUUUCUGACAUCAGAGAGAAGAGUAUCCGUGCCAUAAUCUACUCUUCAUAGAAAUGUGUGUUCUCUCUUAGUGAGUCAGGGCCAUCAAGCAGUUGCCAGCUACAUUGACCUAGUUUUCACAGAAAAUUUCUAAAUUUAAGUAGUUAGCACUAACUGUAAUUGAACUAAAAAUGGCCAAUAUGUGAGUGAGCGUGAAAGGACAGAAAGUAGUAGACUUGUUAAGGAAGAGUGUUCUGCAUAUAGAUCACCUAAACCUUUGUUCCGAGUUUAGGCUGUGUUUACAGGAUAUUUGUGCCGUAAUGUGAUGGUUUAUAUAAUGGAGUGGACAGCAUGGAGCUCUUUUUGGCAUAUUAGGAUGUCAUGAUGGUGUGUAAAA